GGGAGCAGCAAGGGCGUGAGCGCCGGUCGCGGGGCAUCAUGGUCCUUGUAGUUCGGAGGCGCCUGGGGCUCCCCGCCCAGGCUGGGUGACUCCGACUGGCGAACUACAAAGCCCGUAGGUCCUGAGCAGGGCGAAAGACCGAGGAUAAACUUGGAGGAGACCCGAAAGAGUGAAUGUGGCUCUUUGUCUGCACCGGGCUCUCGGGUGGUCGCGGAACGGGGCACAGUGCACUGCGCUGGGAAAGCGGAGGUGUCUGAAAGAAGAUGAAUUUGGCUGAGAUUUGUGACAAUGCAAAGAAAGGGAGAGAAUAUGCACUCCUUGGAAAUUAUGACUCAUCAAUGGUGUAUUACCAGGGAGUGAUACAGCAGAUCCAGAGGCAUUGUCAGUCAGUAAGAGACCCAGCUGUCAAAGGAAAAUGGUAUCAGGUACGGCAGGAAUUGUUGGAAGAAUAUGAACAAGUUAAAAGUAUUGUCAGCACUUUAGAAAGCUUUAAAGUUGACAAGCCCCCUGAUUUCCCCGUAUCUUAUCAAGAUGAACCAUUUCGAGAUCCUGCAGUUUGGCCACCUCCUGUACCUGCAGAACACAGAGCUCCACCUCAAAUCCGGCGUCCGAAUCGAGAAGUGAGACCUCUGAGGAAAGAAGCGGCGGGAGUAGGAGCUCGGGGACCUGUGGGUCGAGCACAUCCCAUAUCAAAAAGUGAAAAAGCUGCAAGUAGGGACAAGGAUUAUAGAGCAAGAGGCAGGGAUGAAAAGGGAAGGAAAAAUAUGCAAGAUGGUGCAAGUGAUGGUGAAAUUCCAAAAUUUGAUGGUGCUGGAUAUGAUAAGGAUCUGGUGGAAGCCCUUGAGAGAGACAUUGUGUCCAGGAACCCUAGCAUUCACUGGGAUGACAUAGCAGACCUAGAAGAAGCUAAGAAGUUGCUGAGGGAAGCUGUUGUUCUUCCCAUGUGGAUGCCUGACUUUUUCAAAGGAAUCCGAAGGCCGUGGAGGGGUGUGCUGAUGGUUGGACCUCCAGGUACUGGUAAGACCAUGCUAGCUAAAGCUGUUGCUACCGAAUGUGGGACAACAUUCUUCAAUGUCUCCUCUUCUACACUGACAUCUAAAUACAGAGGUGAAUCUGAGAAGUUAGUCCGUCUGUUAUUUGAAAUGGCUAGGUUUUAUGCCCCUACCACAAUCUUCAUUGAUGAAAUAGAUUCUAUCUGUAGUCGGAGAGGAACCUCUGAUGAACAUGAAGCAAGUCGAAGAGUCAAGUCUGAACUCCUCAUUCAGAUGGAUGAGGUCACAGAGACUGUGAAGUUCUCCUCACUGAGGUUACCACCAGGAGUUGGAGGAGCUUUAGAAAAUGAUGAUCCUUCCAAAAUGGUGAUGGUCUUGGCUGCCACUAAUUUCCCAUGGGACAUUGAUGAAGCUUUGAGAAGGAGACUAGAAAAAAGAAUCUAUAUCCCUCUUCCAACAGAAAAUCUUCUGACAGCAAAAGGAAGGGCCGAGCUGCUGAAGAUUAAUCUUCGAGAGGUGGAAUUGGAUCCCGAUAUUCAACUGGAAGACAUCGCGGAGAAGAUUGAGGGCUAUUCUGGUGCUGACAUAACUAAUGUCUGCAGGGACGCUUCUUUAAUGGCCAUGCGGAGGCGCAUCAAUGGCUUGAGUCCAGAAGAGAUCCGGGCCCUUUCCAAGGAGGAGCUCCAGAUGCCCGUUACCAAAGGGGACUUUGAGUUGGCUCUUAAGAAAAUUGCCAAGUCUGUCUCUGCUGCAGACUUGGAGAAGUACGAAAAGUGGAUGGUUGAAUUUGGAUCUGCUUGAGAUUUUGUCAACACUUUCAUUUCUGGUAUUUUUGUUUAUAAAAUGUGAAGAAAUUCUUGCAACGUUAAAAAAAAAAAGACUGGAAUAUUUCAUCAGAGAAAUUGUCACUUAAAGGCCAAAACAAAACAAAAAGUGUCUAAAACCUACAAAGAUAGGAAAUGUAGUUGAGAAGUGAGAAAGGCUUACAUUGAAUCUGCUAGUCUCCCUCACUGGCUUUGUGCUGAUAAGCCACAUACUUGUGCGUUAAUAUCGUACACCCAGUGUUAUUGGUGUGUCAGGAAGGCUGAGGAAGCAGUGGGGAAGCAGUGAGGACACAGUGGUGUACUGUUUGAGGAACUUGUUUACAAAGUAUUUGGAAAGAUUUUUUCACUUGCGUUUAUUGUCCCCCGCCCCUCAGUUCUUUGCUUGGUGAACAUGAAGGACACAGAACACACACACACACACACACACACACACACACACCUAUACACACACACACACACACACACACACACACCUAUACACACACACACCUAUACACACACACACGUUUUUAAAAGAGAAUUGGGUUUUGUCAAACUAAUUGUCAUUUUGAGAUGAAUGAUAGUAAAUUAUGAAGGAAAUAAUUUUAAAUAUGUAUAACGUGUAGUUACAAUUCAACUCCUCUUUCUUUCCUCCAUCUAUUCUGCUGUUAGCUGUUUAUUUCUUGAGCUAUUUUAAGGACUAUCCUAUAAUCUGUGUUUUUAAAAUCAUUUACCAACUUUUUUCUCUGGUUUAUAGUAUUUUUUGCCAGUGCUUCUCAUGUUUCAUGUUGGAAAGAUGGACAGACUCUUAUUCCAUUAGAAAUACCACUUCAUUCUGCACUUCUGAAUUUCUUUUCACUUUUCUUUCAGUGUGUUCAAACCAACAUAGCUAUUAUUUUUCUGUUCUAACACUGUUUGAUUUUUGUUGAGUUUAAUUUUAGUACUUAAGAUAAAUACUUUGACAUCCUAGACAAGUCUAGGCUCCAUGGUUAAUGUGAAACAACAAAAUCUUUAUAGUUUUCCAUACAUCUUAUUAACAAAAUACUACUAUGCACAGUGAAUGAUGUUCAUUUUAAAAAUGUCAAUAUGUCCUUAUAAAUUAAGAACUGGUACCCACAGUGAGAUUAGAAUAAAAAUCUGACAUGCUCAUUAGACAUGGACUUAGGCAAUAGAAAGGAGCCCCAAAAAAGGUAAAUGGCCCGAUUUUGGUCAGAAGUAGAGUAUCUUGGUGUUUGUUCUUUGUAAUUAAUCUCAUUUGGAUUAUUAGGUAAUCAAUGUCUUAAUAGACAACCUAAAAAUUUGUAUAUGAUAUCCUGAAUUCUUAAUUUUUAAGCCUACUGGUUUUAAGCUGUACAUAUGUGUGUGCGUGCGCGCACACACACACACACAUAUAUGCACUUCAAAACUCUUAGUAUAUUGCUUAAGAUAAUUUUUCUUACUAAGAUCUAUAAAUGCAUUACGUUGUUUUCAGGUAACAUAAGUCUGACUCUGUUUAAACCCCAUUAUUCAUCUGUUUGCUAUAAAAUGCCCUCUUCUGAGAACACAGAUCAUAAAAUUUCAAAUCGUGAGCCAUAAUUUUAUUGUAAUGGGAUUCA